CCCAGGCCCUUCGGCUGCUCCAACUGCGGCAAGGACUUCAAGAGGGCGCAGGGGCUGAAGAUCCACCGGCGGGUGCACACGGGCGAGAGGCCCUAUGGCUGCUCCACCUGCGGCAAGAGCUUUGCCCAGUCGUCGGGGCUGCGGAAGCACCGGCGGGUGCACAGCAGUGAGCGGCCCUUCACCUGCUCCGACUGCGGCAAAGGCUUCAAGUCGUCCACACACCUGCAGGUGCACAGGUGCCUGCACACCGGGGAGCGGCCCUACACCUGCAGCGACUGCGGCAAGGGUUUCACCCGCUCCGACCGCCUGCUGAAGCACCAACGUACCCACACCGACGAGCACCCCUUCACCUGCGCCCUGUGCGGCAAGGGCUUCUCACACUCCACCAAACUGCUAUCCCAUCAGCGGGUGCACGCCAGCGACCGUCCCGUCCCCAGCCCGCUGUAUGCAGAGCGCUUUGCCGUGGCUUCCCACGCCUUGCCUCACCAGCGCAUGCACACCAGUGGCCAGCCCUACGACUGCCCGUACUGCGGUGAGAAGUUUGACAGCUCGCGGGGGUUGCGGCAGCACCGGCGGGCCCACAUCGGCGAGCGGCUGCUCCCACUGCGGCAAGCGUUUCAAGAGCGCACGGGAGCUGAGGGAGCACCAGCGGAUACACACCAGAGAGAGACCCUUUGUGUGCGCUGAGUGUGGCAAGGGUUUCACCCGCACGUCAAGCCUGUGGCAGCACUGGCAUACCCACAGCAGUGAGCGUCCCUUCCCCUGCCCGUCCUGUGGCAAGGACUUCACUCGCCUUGACCACCAGCUAGAACACCGGUGAAUCCACACUGGCCAACGCCCUUUACUAGCCCACUCUGUGGCAAGGCCUUUGCCAGCUCCUCCAGACUGCUGGCACACUGCGACAUGGAUAGGCACUGUUUAGGUAGACACAAAAUGCUGGAAGGAAUGGGUAACGCUUUGGGUCGAGACCCUCUUCAGUCUCAACCCGAAAUGUCACCCAUUCCUUCUCUCUACAGAUGGUGACUAACCCGCCGAGUUACUGCAGCACUUCAUGUUAGAGUCCUAGAGUGAUACAGUGUGGAAACAGGCCCUUCGGCCCAACUUACCCACACAGACGAAUAUGUCCCAGCUACACUAGUCCCACCUGCCCGCGUUUGGUCCAUAUCCCUGCAAACUUGUCCUAUCCACGUACCUGUCUAACUGUAUCUUAAAUGUUGGGAUAGUCCAAGCCUCAACUACCUCCUCUGGCAGCUUGUUCCGUAUACCCACCACCCUUCGUGAGAAAUAGUUACCCCUCAAAUUCUUCAAGUCAAGUCACGUCAAUUUUAUUUCUAUAGCACAUUUAAAAACAACUCUCGUUGACCAAAGUGCUUUACUUCAGUGCAGGUACUAACGUGCUACAUACAGUGGUACAUAGAUCUAACGCAUGUGAGUAGAAAUAGGUUUUAAGUCUAGACUUAAAGGAGUCGAUGGAGGGGGCAGUUCUGAUGAGAAGAGGGAUGCUGUUCCAUAGUGUAGGUGCAUACAUAUUUGUAUACAUAUAGGAGGAGCUCCAAAUUGAUUCUGUACCGUACUGGGAGCCAGUGGAGAGAGGCCAGAAUCGGGGUGAUGUGGUCCUUUUACGGGUACCUGUCAGAAGUCUUGCUGCGGCUUUGGACCAAUUGCAUGCGGGACAGGGAUCAUUGGCUGAUGCCAGUGUGUAGGGCGUUGCAGUAAUCAAGGCGGGAGGAGAUAAUAGACAAUAGGUGCAGGAGUAGGCCAUUUGGCUCUUCGAGCCAGCACCGCCAUUCAAUGUGAUCAUGGCUGAUCAUCCCCAAUCAGCACCCCGUUCCUGCCUUCUCCCUGAUUCCGCUAUUUGUAAGAGCCAUAUCUAGCUCUCUCUUGAAAGCAUCCAGAGAACCUGCCUCCACUGCCCUCUGAGAAUUCCACACUCACCACUCUGUGAGAAAAAGUGUUUCCUCGACUCCGUUCUAAAUGGCUUACUCCUUAUUCUUAAACUGUGGCCCCUGGUUCUGGACUCCCCCAACAUCGGGAACAUGUUUCCUGCCUCUAGUGUGUCCAAGCUCUCAACAAUCUUAUGUGUUUCAAUGAGAUACCCUCUCAUCCUUCUAAUCUCCAGAGUGUACAAGCCCAGCUGCUCCAUUCUCUCAGCAUAUGACAGUCCAGCAAUCCCGGGAAUUAACCUUGUAAAUCUACGCUGCACUCCCUCAAUAGCAAGAAUGCCCUUCCUCAAAUUAGGGGACACAAUACUCCAGGUGUGGUCUCACUAGGGCUCUGUACAACUGCAGAAGGACCUUUUUGCUCCUUUAUUCGAUUCCUCUUGUUAUAAAGGCCAACAUGCCAUUCGCUUUCUUCACAGCCUGCUGUACCUGCAUGAUUACUUUCAUAGACGGACCCCCAGAUCCCUCUGUACUUCCUCUUUUCCCAACUUGACGCCAUUUAGAUAGUAAUCUGCCUUCCUGUUUUUGCUACCAAAGUGGAUAACCUCAUGUUUAUCCGCAUUAAACUUCAUCUGCCAUGCAUCUGCCCACUCCCCCAACCUGCCCAAGUCACCCUGCAUUCUCAUAGCAUCCUCCUCACAGUUCACACUGCCACCCAGCUUUGUGUCAUCUGCAAAUUUGCUAAUGUUACUUUGAAUCCCUUCAUCCAAAUCAUUGAUGUAUAUUGUAAAUAUCUGCGGUCCCAGCACCGAGCCUUGCAGUACUCCACUAAUCAUUGCCUGCCAUUCUGAAAGGGACCCGUUAAUCCUUACUCUUUGUUUCCUGUCUGCCAACCACUUCUCUAUCCAUGUCAGCACUCCACCCCCAAUACCAUGUGCCCUAUUUGCCCACUAAUCUCCCAUGUGGGACCUUAUCAAAUGCUUUCUGAAAGUUCAGGUACUCUACAUCAACUGGCUUUCUCUUGUCCAUUUUCCUAGUUACAUCUUCAAAAAAUUCCAAAAGAUUAGUCAAGCAUGAUUUCCCCUUCGUAAAUCCAUGCUGACUUGGACCGAUCCUGUUACUGCUAUCCAAAUGUGCGGCUAUCUCAUCUUUUAUGAUUGACUCCAGCAUCCAGCGCAGGUAUAUGGGACUAGGGGAGAUUAUGUGUUCGGCACGGACUAGAAGGGUCGAGAAGGCCUGCUUCCGUGCUGUAAUUGUUAUAUGGUUAUAUUUAUAUGGUUAUCUUCCCCACCACCGAUGUCAGGCUAACUGGUCUAUAAAUGUGUGGAUGAUCUUUUCAAAGUCGUCGAAUUGGAGGAAUGGUUUGAUUUUAACUAUUGUGCGAAGCUGGAAGAAGCCACCUUUUACCACAGCAUUGACUUGUUUGUCAAACUUCAAUGCGGAGUCAAAUAUCACGGCAAGGUUUUUGACGUGCGGUUUGAUUAAGGAGGUUAGGCUUCCAAGGCUGCCUGCUAUCGUUUUGAUGGCCUCCGAGGGGCCGAGUAGGAUGACCUCAGACUUGCUCUCGUUUAGUUGGAGGACGUUCUGCACCAUCCAACACUUUAUAUUCUCGAGGCAGAGCAUAAGGCUGAGUUGAUUUGAUUGGUUGUUGGGUUUCAGGGAGAGAUAGAGUUGUGUAUCGUCUGCAUAACAGUGGAAGGAAAUGCCGUGCCUUUGAAUGACUUGGCCUAGAGGGAGCAUAUACAGAGAGAAGAGAAUGGGGCCUAGGAUGGAGCCUUGUAGGUAAGGCAUUAGUUGAUUUAGAAUUACCUUUUCAAGAACUUUUGAAACGAAAGUCAGUUUGGAAAUGGGUCUGUAGUUGCUCAGCAAGGUGGGGUCAAGGUUAGGUUUUUUCAGGAGGGGCUGGACCAGCGCGUGCUUGAAGCAGGUAGGAACAGUGCCAGUGGCCAGAGAACUUAUUAAAUCUUUUCCCCUUCACCUUGAACCCAUGCCCUCUGGUCAUCAAUUCCCCCACUCGGGGCAAGAGAUUCUGUGCAUCUAACUAAAUUGUGUUAGAAACAUAGAAAAUAGGUGCAGGACGAGGCCAUUCAGCCCUUUGAGCCAGCACCGCCAUUCAUUGUGAUCAUGGCUGAUCGUCCCCAACCAACCCGUGCCUGCCUUCUCCCCAUAUCCCUUGAUACCACUAGCCCCUAGAGCUCUAUCUAACUCUCUCUUAAAUCCAUCCAGUGAUUUGGCCUCCACUGCCCCUCUGCGGCAGGGAAUUCCACAAAUUCACAACUCUCUGGGUGAAAAUGUUUUUUUCUCACCUCCGUCUUAAAUGGCCUCUGCUUUAUUCUAAGACUGUGGCCCCUGGUUCUGGACUGGCCCAACAUUGGGAACAUUUAACCUGCAUCUAGCUUGCCCAGUCCUUUUAUAAUUUUAUAUGUUUCUAUAAGAAUCCCCCUCAUCCUUCUAAACUCCUGCGAAUAUUGUCAAUGGAACUGAUGCGCUACAAUGCUAAAAACUAUAUUUUGCAGUCUGAUCUAUCUACUGUACUUGAGCAUAACUCAAUUGCAUUGACGUAUAGUAUCUACCUGCCUGGAUAGCAUGAUUUUUCACUGUACCUCGGGACACGUGACAAUAAUAUGCCUGAACCUAAACCAAGAUUCCAGCAUCUGCAGUUUCUUGUCUCCCUCACCUAUAUCCAUCUAUCACUUCUGAAGAAGGGACUCAACCUGAAAAGACACCCAUGCCUUCUCACUAGAGAUGCUGCCUGUCCCGCUGAGUUACUCCAACAUUUUUAGUCCACUUAUCACCUGCCAGGCUUUGUCCAGCCCCCAUCUCUUUUUUCCAGGUUCCUCCCCUCACCCUCUCCAGUCAGUCUGAAAAGAAGGGUCCUGACUCAAAACAUUGUCUGUCCAUUCCCUCUAAAGCGGUGGAGGAACUACAGGCCGCAUCUGUAGAGGGAAGGGAAUCUAAGGCGACCACUCCCACCUCUCCUUUCCAACUUUCUCCACCCCCCCACAUCAAGCAGUCUGAAGAAGGGUCCCGACCCAGAAUAUUGCCUGUCCAUGCUCUCCACAGUUGCGCGUUACUCCGGUAGAUUGUGUCUCUUUUUGUAAACCAGCAUCUGCUGUUCCUUGUAUCUAGACUAGGCGUGCAUUUCAUCCUACACUUGCGCUCGGUCCGCCAAGGCCUGCUGGAUCUCCCGGUUUCCAACCAUUUUAACUCCCCUUCCCACUCCCACACUGAUCUUUUUGUCCUGGGCCUCCUUCAUUGCCAGAGUGAGGUGAAACUGGAGGAAUAAGCAAUAACCUCAUAGCUUACAGCCCAAUGACAUGAUCAUUGAAGGUAGACAAAAUUGCUGGAGAAACUCAGCUGGUACGGCAGCAUCUAUGGAGCAAAGGUAAAGGGCAACGUUUUGGGCCAAAACCCUUCUUCAGACUGAUGCAGGGUGCGGGGGCAGGAAGAAGAGGACCCAGAGGGCUGAGGGAGAGCUGAGAAGGGGAGGAGAUAGCAAGGGCUACCGGAAAUUGGAAAAGUCAAUGUUCAGGCCACCGGGAUGCAGAAUGCCCAGAAUACGAGGUGCUGCUCCUCCAGUUUCCGGUGGUGCUCACUCUGGCGAUGGAGGAGGCCCAGGACAGAAAGGUCGGAUUGGGAGGGGGAGUUGAAGUGCUGAACCACAGGGAGAUCAGGUUGGUUAAUGCGGACCGAGCGGAGGUGUUUGGCGAAACGAUCGCCAAGCCUACGCUUGGUC